AUGAGGAGAGAAGAGGUCUCUGCUAAAGGCUGCUCGCACAUCUCCCCCACCUCUGGCCCCAGCCCUUCCAGCCCACCUUCUGCGAUGUUUAUGUUCUCUAGCCUCCUUGGCUCGCCCGGCCCGCCCUCAAUGGAGAAGCCACCCCGCCCCAUCAUUAUCACCAAUUUUACCAACCCCCUCCUUGCCCCUUCUGGUGUUUUCUUCCUAACUACCAGGUCAGUAUCCACUGUGGGCUCUGAAAUUGGCCGUAGGGUCUGGAACUCAGCUCCACCACCUCAGCGACCCUUCCGUGUCUGUGAUCACAAGCGGACGGUCCGGAAAGGACUGACAGCUGCCACCCGCCAGGAGCUACUAGAUAAGGUACUGGAGACCCUGCUGUUAAGUGGAGUGCUAACGCUGGUACUGGAGGAGGAUGGGACCGCUGUGGAGAGUGAGGACUUCUUCCAGAUGCUCGAGGAUGACACAUGUCUGAUGGUGCUAGAGCGAGGACAGAGCUGGAGUCCCAGGAGUGGGAUGUUGUCAUACGGCCUAGGACGGGAGAAGCCAAAACAUAGCAAGGACAUCGCCCGAAUCACCUUUGAUGUGUACAAGCAAAAUCCUCGAGACCUCUUCGGCAGCCUCAACGUCAAAGCUACAUUCUACGGGCUCUAUUCCAUGAGCUGUGAUUUUCAAGGAGUUGGACCCAAAAAAGUGCUCAGGGAGCUCCUCCGUUGGACUUCCUCACUGCUGCAAGGCCUGGGUCAUAUGCUGCUGGGAAUUUCAUCUACCCUUCGCCACGUGGUGGAGGGUGCUGAGCGGUGGCAGUGGCACAAGCAGAGUCACCUCCGUUCAUAAUGAAAAAGUGACUGGAGCCGGUGUCCCGAGACCGGUCCCAUGAGACACAUGAGAGCUAUAUGGCAUCAUCAGAUUUGGGGUCUGCAGUGUACCUUAGGUAACUCACCUGACUCCAUCGUGACAGAACCUCUCAGCACACUGCCUUGGUCCUGUAGCCUGCACAUUCCUGAAGAAUGCUGCCUAUCUUACCUCCAUCUCCUGCCUUCUACUUAUGCUGCAGAACCACAACCUUGUCCCCUGGCAUGCUGAUCCCACCAUAACUGCUGCAUCUAGGUUCUUACUGAUCCCUAUCCCUAAGACCCUGCACACCAAUGACACAGUCCCUAGGUUCUUACUAAUCCCUAUCCCUAAGACCCUGCACACCAAUGACACUGUCCCUAGGUUCUUACUGAUCCCUAUCCCUAAGACCCUGCACACCAAUGACACAGUCCCUAGGUUCUUACUGAUCCCUAUCCCUAAGACCCUGCACACCAAUGACACAGUCCCUAGGUUCUUACUGAUCCCUAUCCCUAAGACCCUGCAC